AAUGUGUAAAACCGAACCCAAACCUAUUUACAUACUGUACAAAGUCAUUGUCUCGGUUUUUCAUUCCUAUUCUCAGGACACUCAAUUGGAACUUCUCCUGUUCAUGCAUCUCUUCUAGGAUUCUUCAACCAAUUUUCCAUCGUCUCCUGCAGAUCCAUCGAGGGUUUCCUGCGCUAAUUGGGAUGGAUGGGAACAAGGAUGAUGGUUUGAAAUGCUUGAGAAUUGGAAAAGAGGCUCUGGAGGCUGGGAAUCUGACCCGAGCCCUGAAAUUUGUUAAUAAAGCUCGUCGUCUUGAUCCGACGCUUCACGUCGACGACCUUUUACCAAAACUUAAAAAUGUUUCUGGUGAUCAGUUGGGUGGUGAUGCGUGUGAAGCUGGCAAUGGGUCAUCUGGGUCCUCUUCAUCCAAGUCCCCUGAACAGCCUUCCGUUCGUCGUAGGGUUCCGGCAUCUGGGUCUUCGGAAUCUUCAACGUCGACUACUUAUAAUGAGGAACAUGUAGAGAUUGUAAGGCAGCUCAAGAAGAAGAAGGAUUACUAUGAGAUUUUGGGAUUGGAGAAGAGUUGUACAAUUGAGGAUGUUCGGAAGGCUUAUAGAAAACUGUCUUUGAAGGUCCAUCCCGAUAAGAAUAAUGCUCCUGGUGCUGAGGAAGCGUUUAAAGCUGUGUCAAAGGCGUUUCAGUGUUUAAGUAACGAGGAGAGCAGAAAAAGGUAUGAUGUUGUUGGGUCUGAGGAACAAGUCUAUGAGAGACGGACUGCAAGACAUGGUGCACAUGGAUUUAAUGGAUUUUACGAAGGUGACGUUGAUGCAGAGGAGAUAUUUAGAAACUUCUUCUUUGGUGGAAUGCCACCGACAACUACUCAUUUCCGUAGUUUCAAUUUUGGCCCUGGAGUGGCACCUAGAACAGGUGAUCAUGGCUCUGGUGGCGGCCUUCGGACACUGAUUCAAUUGAUUCCUGUGCUGGUGAUAUUGCUUUUGAACUUCAUGCCAUCCUCUGAACCUAUCUACGCUCUUUCCCGUUCAUAUCCUUAUGAACACCGAUUUACAACUCAGAAGGGUGUCAAUUAUUAUGUGAAAUCAAAAAACUUUGAACAAGAUUUUCCUCCCAGUAGUCGGGAUCGUCUGGUACUUGAGCAAAAGGUGGAUAGGGAAUACUUCGAUAUUCUUGCACAGAAUUGUAGACUUGAGGUGCAACGACGCCAGUGGGGAUUCAUUCGUGAAACUCCUCAUUGUGAUAUGUUGGAUAAGUUUCAAUCUGCAGCUUAAUGAAUGAAUAAAGGAAAGAAAUUGAGUAAGCAAGCAGAGUGGCUAUGGAUGUCCAUGAUCCAAAACAGAAGACCUAUCACCCAUAUAGGUCGAAGGGGACUGUAGACGUCAAUGUUUCAUAAAUACCAGUCAUCUGAGAAAGCGGUGGAGAAGGAGCCUGCAGUCUGACAAAGAAUUAAAAGAAUGAGACUGUAGACUGAGAAUGAGCUAGAUUUCUUGCUCCAAUAUUCAUUACUUACCUUGGUUCUUGCUCCUUUCAAAUGCAAUUAGUUGUAGUUAUACAUGGUAAAUAUUUGUUCGUAGAUUUUUAUUUAGUAAUUAUAGCUUUCAUGUGCAAUGGAAUGGCACGACAUGACAUUGUCUGUUUGGACUUAGUUCCUCUGAUAAUAUGGAAUUUCAUAUCA